UCAAUGUUUCCAAAAUUAUUAGGCAUCUUAAUUUUUUUUCUAUAUUUUACUCAGAUGACAAAAUCCAAGCAAUUUGCUAAUAGUUUAUUAAUAGAUUGGCAACAAAUUGAUCAUAUUGUAAAUUCAUCUCUUCAAUUUGUUUAUAAUCUAUUGAUAAGGCCUGCUGAUAUUUUAUGUUAACAAAUUAAUGGCAGAAACCGAGCAGGAAUUGCAAAUAGGAUGCCGUCUCUAAACGUUGAAGUAAUUAAAUCAGAUCGGAUUUAAUUAAGAGAUCUAUAUAAAUAAAAUGAAAUUUGUCCAUAGAAAUCUUUAUUUGCAAUUUAUCAGUAUCGAGUAAUUUUUUAUCACCCAUUUCAUAAUUUCUAAAAUGUAUUUUGGAAAAAGUUCCACUGAUUUUCAACAGCAAGACAUUUUAUUUUAUUCUGUUUAUUGCAGUAUUUAAAAUUUUUGUUCUUGAUUUUUUUUUCAACAAUACUGUCAAUACUCAGAAAUGUUCGAUAAAAUUAAAGCCAGAACUCUUGAGUCUGAGAGUUUAUUUUGCUCAAAACAACUUGCCUGCUUUGGCUAUGUGAUAUGAAGCAAUGGAGAAAAUGUUUGAUAUUGACUUUCAAAAAUUGUCUCCACAGCUAAGUAGGAAAAAGAUAACAUUUCCUUCAAAAUUACUGUGUAAUGUGAAAUUUAUUUAUUAUAAUUUGAGAAUGCUUAAUAGUUUUGUGAACAUGAUUGUAUAUAUAAAAUUUAAAAAAGGUGUUCUAAACAUGAAAGGAAUGUGGCUUAUUUUUAGAAAUUUUUUUUAAAGAAAAUUACUGCAUAUUUUUUACUUUUACUCAUCUAUUUGAUCAUUGCGAUAUAAAUUAACUAUAUUUUUAUAUAUGAUAAAAUAAUUCAUUUUCAAUAUCAACAGUAAUGAUUUAAAAAAUUCAAUUUUAUUGAAAAAUUGAUACUUAAAAUAGCACCAUCUUAAUAAUUUGCAUCGAUCCCAGUUCGAGAAUUAAAGAGAUAUAUAUUUACGUUAUAUGUAUUAUAUUAUAUAGAUGUUAGCAUCAAAGAUAUUAAAUUGUUACUCAAUUUAAUUUGUAAUAUUACGUAUUCCGGGUAAACUGUGUUUCAAGACUGACGAAUUUGUUGACGCGCAGUUGCAUAUGCUGGUGAUCGUAAAUUAAAAACUAUUAAUUACACACGCCGCGAAUAUUCAGUGUUGAUUCAUAACGGUGAUAUUAAAUAUAUAUAUUUCUGAAAACUAAUAAACAUAUUUAUUCAUACUAAAAUUUGUAAAUAUGUACAAGUAGAUGUAUAAAAGCGUAGUAAAAUAUGUGUAGCCUCUUAUUCUUAAAAAAAAUCCCUAAAAUAAGCAAACUUUUUUUGCUCUUUAAACUAUAACCCACUAAUCUUUUGGAUACGAAAUAGUGCAAUAAAAAAACGUUAUGUGGAACGGAGCAAAAAUAAUGGUUCUUACUAUAAACAUAUAGAUGUGCCAACAAUACUCAAAGGGUUAAUAUGCAUAAUAUUAAUUAUAAUAUGUAUGUAUUCAUUAAAAAUAUAUAAUUUAAUAUAUAACUAAUGUACUGUUAUAAAUGUAAAUUAAAUUUGUACAUAUAAAUUGAUUAUAAAUCUAAUUUAAUUGAAAUGUUAAAAUAUAUGUAAAUUCUUAAGAAGAAUUCUGGGAAUCGGCGGAUUCGAUCAUAUAAUCAUUACUAUAAAGGCAAUUUUAAUCGAUGAUGUUUAAUUAUCAUUAAUUAUUAAACUGCGUAAUUAUAGCUCGAUUCCAAACGCAUACUUGCUGUUAUACCGUAGAUCAAUUAAGUUUUGUACCAUUGAGUAUUGAAAUUUACAAUUUCUUUACCAAAUGUUCAAUGUCUUUUGCAAUCACGCAAACGAACAAAACACAAUAUUUGAAAUAUUUUGCCAAUCAAAAGAAGAGGGAAAUGAAUUCCAAUAUAUGCAAUAAAAUUUUUUUCUGCUUACUAUCUCUUUUUAAACACAUUUUGUACGUUUUAUCCACCGUCUCAUAUCUGCGAAAUACUUUUUUCGGGAUAGAUAGUGCGAUCGAUCAAUGUAAUCAUCAAUGUAACUUUAGUGAAACUUAAUUUCAGUUUAAUGAUUCAAUUAAUGAUUGUGUGUGUUUAUGUACAAUCCAUUUUUUAAUUAAUGAAUUCGGCAUUGUGAUCUCCGUUUUAUGAAUCAACUCUAACUUUAUAAAAAAUUAAUGUGGUUUCUUGUUAUUUUACUCUUCCAUUUGUAAUGUUUUUUAAUCGACAUUAGAACAAGAGAACAAAACUGAAAAACAGAAUAUGCAGUAUCAUUUUCGUUCUGCGCUAUCAGAAUAAGAAUGGAGAUUAGAGUAAGAGGAAAUCUGAAGAUAACAAAGGCGUCCCAGUAACUUCACAAAACAGAGAUUGUAUGCGUAUUUAUACAAAACAAUUUCAAAAUACAUAUAUAACACAUGAGCAUCGUCAUCGUAUUAUCUUAUUGCAAAAUCUUUUUUCUUUGUUAAAUAUAAUAAUUAGAGAGAAACAUGUCCAACAAAUCAGGAAAUCGGCCAGUGAUAAUAGAUAUCACUUACACACUACCCACACGAAACGGAUAGUUCCAAGUGGAUACUUCGUCCUAUCGGGAGACAGUGCGGAAAGAUUUUAACGUGCUGCAGCUAUUCUGACGCGUCAGUGUCAAAGUUUAUUUCCAAUGUCUUUCGUAAAUUUCGAUUAUGUUAUAAAUUUUAUAAGUAUAUUUUCAGAGGCGGUGUUUUAAAUAAUAAAUUUGAACAAAAAUGAACAUUUGUUGUAAUUAUUCAACAAACGUGUGUGAUUAUUGUAAAAUUGUGAAAAGAAAAGGUCUGAUACGAGAAAGUAGGCGAUUAAUGAUUUAAAUGAUAAAUUUAAUGACACUAAUUAAAUUUAACUUACUAUUUGCAUAAAUACAAAGUUCAAAAACUGAACGUUUUAAUUUUACUUUGAGUAAUAAUUGAAAUAUUAAGAAAUAAUAAAUUAACAGUAAAUAAAAAUUUGAAAAUUAUGAUAAAAUAAAAUUGAGAUUUAAAAAAACAAAAGAUCAAAAAAUUAAAACGGUUGUAAAUUGAAACUACCCAUUACAGUGCAAAAUAAUGAAUGCACAGUGUCAUCACCGAAUAAAAAUUAAACAAAUGGGUCAUAUAAUAACAAAAACAAAAGAGUAUUAUUUGAUUAAAACUAAUUUUUUGCUUUUAUUAUAACUUCUUUCUUCUGGAUUAAGAGAUAUUUUGUGCGUCUCGUAAUUGAAAAUCAUAGUGUUAUUUACAUUCAUUAUGUCUGUGAGGGUGCAAUUUUUCAAGUAUGGUUUGUGCAUGGUGCUAUAUUUCUUUAUUUGUGUAAUUUUAAUUAAAACGAGAAGUUGUAACGUGAAGGAAGCGAUAAGUAUGACAACUACGAUCAGAUAUCAGCCGCGAAAGCUUUCCUUCCCAACUUCAAAUAGGAUAAUUAAGAAGAAAAAUGUUGAGUUGGAGAUCAACCUGUUGCGGAUGGACGAGUUGAAGGGUGGAACUAUCGACCUACAGAAGAGUGCGAAUCUGCUUCAACAAGUAUCGAACGUCUGCGCAAAAUACAGGCUAAAAACUCCUCUUAUCAAAAGGCAUUUUUUGUACAACAUGGAACAUAAAUCACUAUAUUGUUGGAUCCGCAAAGCCGCAUCUACCAGCUUCACCAAAUUAUUUUCUGAUAUGAGCAACCGUCAAGUCGAUCAUGAUCUUUACAAAGAAGUGGACUUCUUAUCACCAGAAAAUUUGGAGGAUUUGCAGCGUUUCGUUAACAACAAUACUGUUUUCAAAUUGCUUGUCGUCAGGCAUCCAUUUCAACGAUUAGUCUCGUCGUAUCGAGAUCGCAUUGAAGACAACAGCAAAUACACCGCGCAAUCCUGGCUUUACGCUCGUCAAAUUCUUCAUCUCUCAAGGCCCGAUCUCUUUCGUCUUAACGCAACGUUUAAUGGCAACAUUUUGCAAAGGAUAUUUUUACCGGAUAAAAGAUUGAAGGUGAUACCUAGCUUCAAAGAAUUUUUGGAAUGGUUGUUGAAGCAACCGCCGAAUCAUGAUGACGUCCACUGGGCCCAAUAUCACACUCACUGCGCAGUCUGUGAUGUGCGGUAUAAUUUUAUUCUGAAAGUGGACGAGUACACCUUUGGAGAGGUAAAUUACGUCCUAACGAAGCUGAGAUUAAACAAAGAUAAGAUCUACUUGCCCAAACUGCAGCGUACUCGUACUGGCGUCACCAACUUCGAUACAACAUGUAAAUACUUUCACAAUUUGACUACGGAUGUAGUCCUGAGACUUUACGAAAGAUACAAAGUGGACUUCGAGAUGUACAAUUAUAAACUAGAUAAGUAUCUACACUGUGCCAAGAGCAAAAAAUUGACUUUGAGGCAAAAAAGUAAGCAUUAGUAAUACUUAAAAAGUGAUAAAAUCUCUUUGAUGAAUAAAAACUUGGUACUUUCCUCUUGUGCUUUUUUUUGGUAAACUAAAUAUAUAUAAAACAUAUUCUGAUUUUUUGGACAAGUCUUCGUGUAUCAUCUUUACCAAUGAGUGAAAGAAACAAAUAAAGAUAAUUCUUUUGAGAAGAUUUUAUAUUAUUACUACUUAUAUUAUUACUUAAAUUAUUACUAAAAAUUAUAAGAUUAUUGUAUAUGCUAGUAUAUAUUUUGAAUUAGAAAAAAAUUCCAAAGUAUAUAGCAAUUAGGUGAGAAUAUUAAUCAAUGAAACUUUAGUAUAAGAAAAAAUUAUCUAUUUUUCUUAAUGAUCAUAAUGAUGAUUACAAUAAUGACAAUAUUGAUGAUACGUUAUAGUAUAUAUAUCAUUAACAUACAAAAUUAAAUUAAUUGUAUAAAAUACAAAUAUCAUCAAAAGAAAGAAAAGAAACAUCUUUUCACUUUUCUGCAACUCAAGGUUAAAAAUAAUUUUUAAACUAAAUCUCGCACCAUGUUUCUCUUAUUUCUUGCGUUUGUAUUCUGUCUCUUCCAUAUUCUUCAAAAUCUUUCUUUAUUCCCUUAUUUUUUUCAUUUCGAUUUGAACUUCAAAU